AUGACAAGACACUCCUCGCGGUUCAUUUUUGAAUUUCUAGAAUUGAUCCAAAACGCUUCAAGAGUUUACGCUCUGAUGCUUUCGAUUCCUAAUCAGAAUCAAAAAUCCAGAAUCCAAAGAUUUUCGUUUUUCAGCGAUAUCAGAUCGAUUCAGGAAAUCGUAAUGGCAGCUCGACUUGGUCAACUGUGCCUGAUUUGUUAUGACAUAUCCACAUAUUCUCACCUUAUUAUUUGGUUUAAUAGGUUUACCUCUGUCUACUUUCCGACGCACUACAAUGCAAUGUUUACAGAUCGUUGCACUACCGUACUCACCAUAGCUACUGUAGUGAUGUCGGUUACCAUCUCGCUCGGAUUGGUUUUAGUGUCGUGUCAGGUGGGAUUCUCAGCGAAACAGUGGAUGUUGGAUUAUGUGACAUCGCUAUGCAAUACAGUGUAUGUAUACUACAGCGUGUUUGUUCGCGGCUUGGUGAUCAUCUCCGUGUUCGCCGUCGUCAACGCGUGCACUUUUAUUAAAAUGAAUUUUUACAGGCGAAGAAAACAGGUGAGACAAAAUCAGAACUCAAGGACAGAAAAAACGUUGAGAGAAAACGUUCAUUCCAUCCUGCAUUUUAUGUCACGUAGAGACCAACCGCACAGAAAUCACAUGGAAGCGUAA